UUGGCGGCUAGCGUUCUUUUUCCUAAUCAUCAUUAUUUUGAGUUUUUCGAUAUAAGUUUUUGUGGCUUAUGUAGUAACCAUGUUUACUUAAAAUCUUUUUCAACGAGUGUUAAGCAUAUUUAGAAUACAAGUUGUGAACGUUUUGCCAUAAUAAAGUAUCGUAAGUGCAAAAUAUGGAACGUUACCAACGUAAAACCCCGCUGGAUGUAUUAAAGUCCAUGUGGGUAAUAAUUCGUGGAGUUAACGGGGAAGAAAUCGAACACACCAGACUAGUCAAACAUUUGCAGAAAAUAUUCACUACCGCUGGUGAUAACAUUGAGUCGUAUGUGAGCAACGCAGUGGUCGACGGAUUAAUUCAAAUCGUAGAGAAACCUAAGAAACCUAAGCCAAAAUCAGUUUACCAUUACACAUUACCUGAUAUUACUAAUUUUUCCUUUCCUGAAGAACAUCCGGAUGUUUACUGUUUUGAGUGUCAUCUUGAAGGUAAUAUGUUAAAAUGUUGUGGAUGCUUGCGGGUGUUCCAUCGAGGAUGUAUUAGAACUUCGACGGAUAAACAACUUGAAAUGGAGCGAUUUACUACCAAAUACAAACGCGUUAAUAUAUCGGCUUUUGGUAUAGCUGAUGGGACUAAUCGAGAGAGACGUUCCGUGAGUCCAUCUACAACUGCUACUAAUCGAAAUACCAUAUCGAAUGCAACAUCUGCAGUAGAUUCAAACAAAAACAGUGCUUUAUCCAUGAAUUUGGAUAUGACUAAAAGCUCUGUAAAAAGUGAACACGACAUCCAUAAUUUGAAACAAGAGGAUUUUAAACAAACAUUUACUUCGGAUGAACCAGAGUUUGUUGGUGUCAUAAGACCACCUGAUCGUCGGCUUGAAGUACGUUUAAAUACUCCAACCGUUAAACCGGAAGCCAAUGUGUAUAGUAUUAUGGACAGUGACGAAUUCAUGCAUCGAUACUGCUUUCCAUGCCGUCAGGUUUACGGCAAUCAGUACAACCCACCACCAAAUCUGAGCCAACCAGAAUUAAACUAUCUACUUAAGUUUGUCAUUGAUCAAUACAAAUCCUGGCUACCUGAAGAUACUUAUUCUCCUACCAAACUAUUCAAUAAUCGUUCUCGUGUUUCUGAAGUUGUCGACAACUUGGAAUUAUGCAAAACAUUAUUGUUGCGGUCAAAUGUUACCAUCGAUAUGAUGGACAAAAAAAUAAACGAGUCAAGUUAUACAACCCUUGAAGAGUUCAGCGGAGAUAUUUUAGAUAUAGCUCACAACAUUGGCAUCAUCCAUGGAGCUAAUUCACUAGAAUACAAUGCAGUAAUGUAUUUUGUAACAGACUGUGUCUAUGACCUAUACGAAAUUCGUCAGUGUCCGGAUUGCUUUCGACAUUCUAACGAGAAAGCAGAACCUGAUUGGUUUGCAAGACCUUGUAUUACACGCCAUGAGCUUGUGUUCGCAAAACAAAAAGGGUAUCAAUACUGGCCUGCAAAAGUGAUUCGGGUACAUAACAAUCUGUAUGAUGUCCGAUUUUUUGGAGACAAACAUUCUCGUGCAGUCAUCGAAGAUACUUGUGUCAAGUCCAUUGAUACUGACUUUGAAGUUUUAAAAAUUAAUCCUAAGCAAAGAGGGUUUCAAAAAGCCAUGGACGAAUUACUCAAACAUCAAGCUCUUAUUAGUCUUCCUAAGGAUUACUACGCGUUCGGUAGUCAAAGAACGACACCCAUAAGUAUCAUGCUUCAAAUGUCAAACACAAGCGCGAUUCUUGCUGGAAAAAAACGAGGAAGAAAGCCAAAAUCACAAUUUUCUCGAAAUUUGCUUGCGUCAUCGGAGAGUAGUGUAUCAAACAACAGAGUAAUUGAGAAGAUGUCUCUAGAAUCGGAAAGAACUGUAACACCAAAUAACGUAUCUGCCAAUGAAAUAAAAAAUGGAACAGCUCCAAGAUCAACUCGUCAGAAGAUUAAACGAUUGACCGAUCCUGUAAAUAAUGAAAAUUCUCCAUCCAUUCCCAAACGAAUUCGAUCGGUUUUGGAUGUAGAACCGUUUACUGGACCAGGCUCAAGUGCAAUAACAACAAUUAAGACGAAUGACAAACAUUCAGCAGAAUCGACAGGUCCAUUUAAUGAAAUGUGUAAGCCGCGCAGUCCCCGCAUAAAAGCUCAACUAAGACGUCAAUACUCAGAUGAUGUUAUUAAGCUUAAGGCAUUGAUGGACGAGAUGCAUGACAUCGAGAAGGUUAAGUACCUUGCAGUAAAUGCUCUUCAGGAGGAUAUAAAUCGAUGGCAGCAAAAAAUUCGCAUUCUAGUUUCUGAAUACAACUCACGUAUCGCUGAAGUAAAACAUAAACAGUGGUGCAACAGCUGUGAACUUGAGUCCAUCCUCCAUUGCUGCUGGAACACAUCGUACUGCUCUCGAGAUUGUCAAGAGAGAGAUUGGCCUGAUCACAAGAAGCUACAUAAAUUUACUAGGCAAUGAUGCUGCUAUUUUACAAUGUAUAUUUUUUAAUUUUAUUCUCAAGGUUGAAUUUGAAAUUCCCUGUGUUAAUGUUUUGUUGAUAUUAAUAUUGUUAGCAUAAUAUGCGAUAUUUGUGAUAGUUUCAGAAAUAUCUAUUUAAAUUUUCUCAGACAACAUUUGAAUUACAAAUUAGCACAUUCGUUGUGAAAAUUACUGAACUGAAUAAAUUAAUUAUGUGCAGCUGUAUAGAAUAUAA